AUGCCUUCUUCUGACACAUCUUCGGAUUCUGCAAAUAGCAUCCACACUCUCAAACCCUUCGAGGGGCACGUUGACAGGAUCUGGUCAAUCGCUUACUCUCCUGACGGAACCUGCAUUGCCUCGGGAUCUUGCGAUGGCACAAUGCGAAUAUGGGACUCACGCACCGGCGUGCAGGUUGGAGAGCCUCUGAGGCGUUACCUGGGCAGCGUCGAUUCGGUUACAUUCUCUCCGGACGCAAAACAUAUCGCAGUCGCCUAUGAUGAUCUAUCAAUUCGUGUAUGGCUUUUUUCAACGAACGAGUGGGUUCUGGGUCCGCUGAGAGGGCACAGGGACUCUAUCUCGUCCAUCCAGUACUCCCCUGACGGAAUGCUCAUUGCUAGCGCAUCCAAUGACCGGUUCGUGAAGCUAUGGGACGCGAACUCUGGGGAAUGUACCAAAUCUAUGGAGCACCCCGACAUUAUCAGCAGCGCUGUGUUUUCUCCCUGCGGUAAACGCAUCGCAUCUGCCUGUGAUGACAAUCUGAUACGCGUCUGGGACGUCGUCUCAUCAAAAUUAAUUAUUCCACCUCUUUCCAGACACAAGUCCGAGGUGUGGGCGGUAGCAUAUUCGCCAGACGGCAGGUUUCUGGCAAGCGGGAGUAGGGAUUGUACCAUUUACUUGUGGGAUCCUCAGUCUGGGAAGAUAUGCAGGGGCCCAUUGAAGGGACACAACCUUGCCAUCUCGGAUCUCAAAUUUACCUUCGACGGACAAACGCUUAUCAGCGCGUCGCGCGACAGGAGUGUACGCGCCUGGGAUCCAAUGACAGGUGACUGCGUAUGGGAUCUUAUGGAAGGUCACACUGAUUUCGUCCAGGCUCUCGAAUUUACACCAGAUCAUUCUCGCGUCGUCAGUGCUGGCAACGACCGUACUAUACGCGUGUGGGACGCGCGGACCGGUCAAGCUCUUCUAGUCAUUGAAGGACACGAAGGUGGAAUAAACGACCUCUGUGUUUCUGCCGAUGGGUCAAGGCUGGUCACCGGGUCGAACGACGAAACAGUGCGCAUUUGGGAUAUCCAGACAGGCUCGCUGAUAAUGGGCCCUUACAAGCACGACGACGAUGUGCUGUCUGUUUGCUGGUCCCCAGACGGAACAGGCAUACUCAGUGGCUCAUCGGACGGAACUGCACGAGUAUGGAGCGUCGCGAGCGGGGGGCAGUUGCUCAAGGUUAAGCACGACGGUCGAGUUUGCUGUGUGCAUUAUGCAUUCGAUGGGAAAACAUUCCUCAGCACCUCUGUCGACAAGACGAUUCGCAUUUGGGAUGCUAGCACCGGACAACCCCUUCGGUCUCUUGUACAUGAGAGCUGGGUAAGGGUAGCUGCGUUUUAUCCAGAUGGGAGAAGGAUUUCAAGCGGAACAGACGACGGAUACGUUCGGGUUUGGGACUCGGCAAGUGGGCAGCUACUCUUGGGCAAAGUGCGCAUUUAA